UCCAGGUCCUUUCUGUGUGGAGUUUGAAUGUUCUCCCUGUGUCUGUGUGGGUUUACUCCGGGUGCUCUGGUUACCUCCCACAGUCCAAAGACGUGCAAGUGAGGUGAACUGGAGACACUAAAUUGUCCAUGACUGUGUUUGAUAUAUAACCUUGUGAACUGAUGAAUCUUGUGUGGCGAGUAACUACCGUUCCUGUCAUGAAUGUAACCAAAAGUGUGUAAAACAUGAUGUUAAAAUCCUAAUAAACACACAGACAAACCAAUCCCAGCUCUGCAAUGCUGCCACUGUUGGACUCUUGAGCAAGGCCCUUAACUCUCUUGGCUCAAUGGGCGUCGUACAAUGGCUGACCCUGCGCUCUAAACUCAGCUUCCAAACAAGCUGGGAUAUGCAAAGAAAGAAUUAAGUUGUACUGGACACCUGUAUAUGUAUAUAUCACAAAAAAGGCAUCCUAUUCUAUUCUAGCCCUUAACCCUUAAUAUACUGUCACAGUACUGUAAGUCACUUUGGAUAAACGCGUCUGCUAAAUGCAGAAAAUGUAAAUGUGCAAUACAGUAACACAUCCCAGGACAGUAGACGCCCAACUGGCUGAUAUCACUGCUGGGUAUUCAAACCCUGGAUCCCAGAGGUAGCGUCCUUUAGCGUGACGUCUGUUUAAGCAGUUAUUGGUGUAAUGACAUGUUUGGGGUGCGUUCGCUAAUAUUGUCUCUGAGGUGCAUUUGACUCUGUGUGUGUGUGUGUGUGUGUGUGUGUGUGUAUGUUUGUACUACUCUGUCAUGUCUAUGCAUUCAUAUACCAUCACUUUUUUUAUGUGUGUGUGUAAGAAUCUGUCGUGUCUCUGCAUGCAUUCACCAUUACUCUUUUAACGUGUGUGUGUUUGUGGGUGUGUUCACAUGUAGCUAUAUGACAGACGGAGGUGUGUGUACUCGACGACUGGCCCGACCGCCGAAGGGUGCCGAUACCCAGCCCCCCCUACAAGGCAAAAACAAUGCUGACUUCGACAGCUGGGAGGACAGCAGUUCAGUCAGCAGUGGGAUCAGUGACACUGUGGAUACAGAUGAACUCAACACCAGUUCUUCUCUCAGCUCGUACGUCACCACCCCCUCGGCCCCGCACAGGAACAUAGAGGAACAGCUCCAGACAGAUGCAGAGAAGCGCUCAGCCAUCGAACGCAGCUGGACCAGCGAGGAUCUGCAUCGCCCAGACGUCGGAAUGGAAACCGGUUUAAAGUGGUGCAGUCCAGCGGAAUUCUCAGAUGAAACUGAGCGCAGCAUGACAGGACGGAAAAUGCAUGCAGUAUCCCAGACGGGCUCUCUGAGGCGGGGCAUGAGUGCCCAGGUGGCCAUCGCCUCUCCCAGGACAAAAACCACGACGUCAACCAACUGCAAAUCACUAAAGGUCCACAGUAAUGGCAAAACCGAUGACAUCAAAGUGUCAGAGAAAAGUCGCUUCUCCCCACACUCACAGAUACCCGCCAGCGAGGGCAAGAAGUUACCCACCAGCUCGAACACCCAUACUCCAACCAACACCUUCGGCUUUAAGAAAACCUCCAGCACUGCAAUAAUAACUGCCAGUGGUGCCAUCCUGACCAGCGGCUCCGCCACUCUGGGGAGGAUCCCAAAAUCCAAAGGCUUUACCUCAUCUCGUAUGGUGACCCAGCAAACAUGUGUUGACGAUGGGUACCUUUCACCCAGCGCACGUACCAGCCUGCAGUACCGAAGUCUCCCUCGUCCUAGUCGCGGUAACGGUGGCGUGGGCACGGCCCGUGGUGCCGCUCGCACCUUUGAUGCUAGCUCGAUUAGCAAGGGUACAGCGACAUUGCCCAACCCAAAGAGCCGCAGCUUGGUCAGAUCCAGCGCCAACCAGACAGACCGGGAGAAGGGAGUGCUCUCAGAUACGGAGAACCUGGCUUUGGGAUCGCUGCAGAAGUCCGGUAGUGGAGGGCAGUCCCAGCCAGUUAGACAGACUGGUGGAAAGGGUUUGGAAACAUUGUCGCCCACCACACACAGGCUAUAUGGAAGUAAGCCAGGGACCAAGCAGGCCCCCAUCACUACCUGUGAUAACAUGAAGAGCUCCACCAUCAUUUCCAACCGGCAUGCUGCAGUUCAACAGGGCGGCUCUGUCGAAGCUUCAGCAGUCAGUAACGGAGGCUGCAAUGGUCUCGCAUUCGGAGAAAAUCUGACUUCAGCAAGCAGGGAAUUAAUAAAGAGCGCUGCGGGCAAAGAGGAGGCGCUUUCCACCUGCCCCAACCGACCCAGCACCAUUCGUACCGGCUUUUCAGACAGGUACAUGCCGCAGGGGCGGAGCCACGAGGACACACAUGACUGGCUAAGUUCUCAUCCCACCUGUGGAGUUCCAGACUUUCCUCUUACCUCCCCCUUUUCAUCUGCCUCCACCCUCAGCUCCCCCUCGUCUGCUAGCCGCUUCAGCUUUAACACCCUUGGCAGUCCCACCACAGCUGCAGCCCAGCGCCCCUCCUGUAACCCGACCAAUCAGGACGGGGUGUUCGAUCCACACGCUGACCAUCGUCUGCGCAACUCGUCGCUCAGUCUGGUGGAGAAAACUCGCACCAUGAGCACCUCUGGUUCCUUCCGAGAGACCCUGGAGGAAGUUCACGGCUCCUCGCUGUCCCUGGUGUCCAACGCGUCCUCUGUUUAUUCCACGCCGGAAGAGAAGUCUCAGUCUGAGAUUCGAAAGCUCAGGAGAGAGCUGGAGGCGUCUCAGGACAAAGUGUCGACCCUCACCACCCAGCUGAGUGCCAACGCUCACCUGGUGGCAGCGUUCGAGCAGAGCUUGAGCAACAUGACGAUCCGCCUGCAGAGUCUCAGCACCACUGCAGAACAGAAGGACACAGAGCUGAACGAGUUGAGAAAGACCAUUGAUCUGUUAAGGACACAAAACACGGCAUCUCAAGCUGCCGUCAGCGUAGUGACGAACGCCCCAGAGUCGCCCGGCAAAGACUCCUUGACUGGCUCUCCUCUGCCAGCAGCGGAUCUGCAGAUGCAGCGCCAGCCGUCCACCGACAGCGUGUCCAGUAUCACCAGUCACUCCAGCCUGGAUCUUGACUCCAACAGCAAGAAAAAGAGGAAAAACUGGCUGAGGAGCUCCUUCAAACAGGCUUUUGGCAAGAAGAAAUCACCCAAGUUAUCCUCGUGUCAUUCAGACGUUGAUGAGAAAGACGAAUUGUCUGUGCCGUCUUCACCGAGACUUCCCUACUCGGGCACAACACUGCUGCGACAUUCUCACUCCAGCUCGCUCCCGAUCCUGUCCUCACUCAACAUUUUUGGAAAAGGAUGGGCCUAUAACAGUGCCCCCAUCAGGACCGCCUCUCUGGCACGGAUCUCAGAGUGUACGGACUGUGAGACAGAAACGGUGAUGCAGUUACGCAGUGACCUUCGUGAUAAAGAGAUGAAACUGACCGAUAUCAGACUGGAGGCGCUAAGCUCCGCCCACCAGCUCGAUCAGCUCCGAGAAUCGAUGAACCGCAUGCAGGUAGAGAUGCAAAAACUAAAAGCAGAGAAUGAGCAACUGAGAACGACCAGCAGGGGGAGCUGCAGCCCCACACCACAGACGCAUGUCUGUCCAUCAUCCCCUAACCUGACUACAAAGACCUGUCUGACUGAGUCCACCAGCCUGGAUAUGCUGCUGGAGGACAGCGGAGAUGGCUUCCGUAAAGAGGGACGUCGUGUUAAAGUGGUGUUGAAUCUGGACAGAAACCCAGACUCAAAAGAGGAGUGCCGGCCACAAGACUUCCUGAUUGGCUGCAUUGGUGUAAGUGGAAACACCAAAUGGGAAGUUCUGGAUGGUGUGGUCAGGCGUCUCUUCAAGGAGUACAUAAUCCACGUGGAUCCGGGUUCACAGCUCGGACUCAACACGGACAGCGUGGUCAGUUACAGUAUUGGAGAUAUUCAGCGCAGGAAUGAAGCGGACACCCCUGAGCUCCUGCCCUGUGGCUAUCUGGUGGGAGACAGUGACACCAUAUCUGUCAAACUGAGAGGUGUGAAGGAGAAGAGUGAAGAUGCGCUAGUGUUCGAGACGCUCAUCCCGAAGCCCAUCCUUCAGCGAUACGUCUCUCAGCUACAGGAGCACCGGCGCCUCGUCCUCUCCGGACCCUCCGGCACCGGCAAGAGCUUCCUGGCGUCCAGAUUGGCUGAACAUGUGAUUCUUCUGGAGGGACUCGCACUGGAUCAACGGCUCAUCACCGCCAUCAACGUGAAUCGUAAAUCCAGCAAGGAUCUGAAGCAGUACCUGUGUAAUCUGACUGAACAGUGCAGCAGCAGCAGUCGGCCGGUGGAAGCUCCUCGAGUGGUGAUCCUGGAAAACCUGCACCAUAUCGGCUCUCUAAAUGAGAUCUUCAGUGACCUGAUGAACUGCAAACACCAGUGCUGUCCGUAUAUUAUCUGUACCAUGAGCCAAACCUCCUCUUCCACAUCUGCCUCAAAUCUGCAACUUCAUCAUAAUUUCAGGUGGCUGCUCUGUUCCAAUCACACUGAACCAGUGAAGGGCUUUCUGGGUCGAUUCCUACGGCGGAAGCUUCUAGCAACUGAGAUCAGCAGUCGUGUUCGUAAUCCAGACUUGGUAAAGAUCAUCGAGUGGAUUCCGUGUGUCUGGCAGCAUCUAAACAGCUUUCUGGAGAUCCACAACUCCUCCGACGUCACUAUCGGGCCACGUCUCUUCCUGUCCUGUCCCAUGGAUGUGGAGGGAUCUCAGGUGUGGUUUACAGAUCUUUGGAACUACUCCAUCGUUCCCUACAUGUUGGAAGCCAUUCGAGAGGGUCUGCAGCUGUAUGGUAGGAAGGCAGCAUGGGAGGACCCGUCUCUCUGGGUAAAACAAAGUUACCCGUGGCCCACGGGUCUCCAGCAGCUCCAGUGUCCUGCUCUUCUGCAGCUGAGACGCGAGGACGUGGGAUUUGACGGUUUUCCCAGAGACACUUGCAAACACGGUGCAGAGGAAGCACCGGGCAGAGAACAUGACCCACUGAUGGAUAUGCUGAUGAGGCUAAAGGAGGCGGCCCAUUGUACCGACCCACCCAGCGACAGCAGUGACUCCCAACAGCAAUAACAAUAAAUCUAAGGACAUAUCUCACUGAAUCCCUAUGCUAAGUCUUCCAUGGGAACAGAGACACAACAUGCAAAUCACAAUCAAGUGCUUGAGCUUGAUAUAAACAUUAUUUACGAAGAAUAAAGCUCUUCAAAACUCUAAUAGGAGACCAACAACACUGUGGACGAAACAUUUUAAUACACAGAGAACAGAAAUGUCAAGCCACUGUUAGUUAGUAAACCUGCUCUGCAUUCCAGUACUGCUCCUGACACACUAAAUUUUCCUCAUGACAUCUGGAGUGUAAAUGCAACCUUAAUGGCUAUGUGUAUCAGGAGAAGAGGAGAAACUAAUCAUCCAAGAACAUUUCUGCAGUGAAGACACAGGGCUUCCACCAGAAGAUAAAUUACACUUUCUAAACAGUUCACAUGAUGAUCCAGAGAUCAAAAAAACAAGAUUGUUUUGCUCUGCUUUUCACAACCGUUGGCUGUAGGAGGAGCUUGACAUUAUCAGGAUCUUCACCACCAUCCCCAUCUCAACCAACAAAUCAUAUACAGUCAUCCCCAUUGGUGCGGUUAUGAUGUCAAAACCCUGGCUAUACCUGCAUCCUACAGAACGGUUGUUCUAUAGUCGUUCUAUACCUGCAUCCUAUAGAAAAGUCUUUCUAAAAAAACAUCCUAAAAACACUGUCAAAGUACAUCUGUUUAUAGCUCUGUUUAUGUCUGGUUGGUCCAGAAGUCCUACAUUCACUCCCAAAAAAAUCAAACAACACAGCUAAUAACGAGGGCUUACCAGUUUACCCCAUUGGUGCGGUUAUGACUUCAAAACCCUGACUAUACCUGCGUCCUACAGAACGGUCGUUCUAUAGUCGUUCUAUACCUGCAUCCUAUAGAAAAGUCGUUCUAAAGUCGUGUUAAAUUUACUCCCAAAAAUACAAACAACACAGCUAAUAAUGAGGGCUAUAGGAGGAGCUUGAUAUUAUCAGGACUUUAUAUCUGUUGAUCUUCACCACCAUCACCAUCUCAACAUGCAUCCUAUAGAAAACAUCUGUUUAUGGUUAUGUUUCAAAUUCGGUUAAUGUCUUACAGAAGUCCUAUAUUUACUCCCACAAAAUUCAAACAACACAGCUAAUAACGAGGGUCGUGGUGGCUUACCAGUUAAGGUGCUGAAAAAGUUAGGUCCCUGACUCAAGCCCCCAACAGACUAGUUUCCACUGGUGGACCCGUGAGCAAGACUGUAUCCCAACAUUGCUUGGAUUGGAUUUUAAUUGAAAUUCGCUUUGGAUAAAAGCUUUUGCCAAAUACCUCAGUGUAAAUGUUAUUUAUUGUUUAAUAUUAUGCUGAUUAAGAAUCUUAAGUUAAUUAAGUAUUGGAAUCCCUAUUUUGAUAGUAAUGAGUACUGAAUUUGGGGGCGCUGCAAUAUGCAGAAUGGCCCCUAGAUGUCGCCAAAACUGUGUUUGUCUCUGCGGUGUCACGACAGUACAGUACAUAGUAAACUCGAGGGUUUUUAAUCCCAGCAGUGUGCUCAACAUUCAGUGCCGCUAAAUUUUCCCUAUCUGACGUGAAUAAUGCAUGUUUAAAGACAAUCAUUUCCUCUACACGACUUUUACAUGCAAGUCGGAUUCAUGUUGACUCUUGCUGGUGCUAUUGUUGUCUAACAGUACCUACCUUACUCCUUUUGCACCUACAGUAGUGAUCUCAAUGCUGGAACUGUUUACAUAAACACACAUACACACACUAUGCUACUGCCUGUGUAGAAUUUCGUUUUCCAAGAUUUUAAACACUUGAACCAGGCGGCCAGUACCUGGUCGAUUUGCUCUUAGUGUGGUGCUUUUACAGCUUCUUUCAAAACUGAGUGUUGUGGGUGCAGCUCCAGGAUACUAUCGGUUGUGUUGUGUUGUGUUUGGAUGAAGCGAUGUUUCAUUACUCUUAAAAAACUGCAUUGAUUUGGAUUCUCAGAGCCAGUAUAUCUGUUAUAGCAUUUGUAGCUCCAGAGCUGUUUGAGAUCAUUAUUCAAACAUUCACAAACAGAGGAGCUAUCAAAAAUAGCCAAAUUAUCAGGCUUAUGUUUACACAGGAGGCAAAUUAAAAGUUGUGUCUAAUAAUAGAUUAAAACCCAUUGAAGAAAUUGGUUGGAGAGAAAACAAAAUGACAAGUUUUUCAUAUAUAUUUGCUUUAAAUUUAAUUGUUAUCCAAAUUUUCUCCACAGAUCAUUAGUUACACCAAAUGAACAAAGUAUUGGGAUACCUAAUUUUGAAUUCAUGUGUUUCAGCCACAGCAACUGCUAACAAGUUUAAUAAAUUAAUUAUUUAAAGUAAAUUAUAUUACUGACCCCUUUCUUUCUGUUUUUUUAAUGGUCAGAACCCCCACAGGACCACCACAGAGCAGGUAUUAUUUAGAUGGUGGGUCAUUCUCAGCACUGCAGUGACACUGACAUGGUGGUGGUGUGUUAGUGUGUGUUGUGCUGGUAUGAGUGGAUCAGACACAGCAGUGCUGCUGGAGCUUUUAAAUACCGUGUCCACUCUAUUAGACACUCCUACCUAGUCGGUCCACCUUGUAGAUGUAAAGUCAGAGACGAUCACUCAUCUAUUGCUGAUGUUUGAGUCGGUCAUCUUCUAGAUCUUCAUCAGUGGUCACAGGACGCUGCCCACGGGGCGCUGUUGGCUGGAUGUUUUUGUUUGGUGGACUAUUUUCAGUCCAGCAGUGACAGUGAGGUGUUUAAAAUCUCCAUCAGCGCUGCUGUGUCUCAUCCAUUCAUACCAGCACAACACAUCCUAACACACCACCACCAUGUCAGUGUCACUGCAGUGCUGAGAAUGAUCCACCACCUAAAUAAUAUCUGCUCUGUGGUGGUCCUGACGAUUGAAGAACAGCAUGAAAGGGAGGUAACAAAGCAUGCAGAAAAACAGAUGGACUACAGUCAGUGAUUGUAGAACUACAAAGUUCUUCUACAUGGAAAGUGGAGCUGAUAAAAUGGACAGUGAGUGUAGAAACAAGGAGGAGGUUUUAAUGUUAUGGUGGAUUGGUGUAUGCUUCCAACUUUGCAGCAACAGUUUAGGGAAGGUACCUUCCCUGUUCUAUCAUAAAUGCUCCCCUCUGCACAAAGCAAGCUCUUUAAAGACAUGAAGGAAAUCUCAGUUUAAAGAAACUCCAGAGUCCUGACUUCAGCCUCACUAACCUGCUCUGGAAUGAACUGGAACACCAUUUCAGGCUUUCUUGACCAACAUCAGUGCCCAGUCAUACACAUGCAUAUGUGACUAAUUGGGCACACAUUCCCACAGACAUACUUCUCAAAAGAGCUGUUGUUCUAGCUAAAAGGAUUACAUAGAGGUCACUCUAUUAACAUUUUAGCAUUUGUUUUCAAAAUGGGACAUCCAACAUCCAGCUCAUGGUCCAAAUAUCUUUGGCCAUGUAAUGUACUUUUGGCCUGCCUGGCUUGCUCUAUGAUGGUGAAGCUAUAACAAUACAAAAUAAAAAUCCUGCCAUGUUUCAAAAGCAUUUUAGCACACUGUUGGCAGUUAUAUGGACACUAAAAUGCUAAAUGUUUGUGGUAGUGUUUUUCACAGCUAAGAAUCUUGCAGUGGUGGAAUGCACUUUUCAAAAUCAAAUGGUUUAGCAAAUUUACUGUUUUGAGGAACACUGUGCUACAUGCAUCUGUUCCUACCAAUAAAUCUUCAUGUUGUACAGUAUAUGCAGUGCUCUAGAUAAUAAUUCUAGAUCCACAUCAAGCCGUUUUGGUGGUUUGUGUUGGCCCAACACCUUACUUAACACUUAAUGUUUGUUACUUGAAUUUGCCGGUGGUCUGUAUGAGCAGGAAACGUUGUUUUGUUUAAUUUUUUUUCCUCCAGCGAAUCGUGAUGCUUUAUGUGGAAUCUCAGACCAGAUAUCUGCUGGUUUGGUGAGAGUCCUUGUUUGAUAGGAGUGAGGCAGUGUGGAGCAGAUCUUGCUUCAGGUUUCUGUAGACGGAAGCAUCUCGAGAUCCUCCACGCUCGGUUCAUUCAAACAGUCCUUUAAUAUCGAGUGAGAGCCAGAGUCAGGAGCCAGGAUUGUUCGUCCAUUGGACGACUCGUGAUGCUGAAAUGAGACUAUGCAAUGUUUCUUCUCUAUAUUAGAAAUGUGUUUUUGUACUGAGCAAUUGUUGAGAAACGUUUUGGGGGCAAUAAUACGCAUCUGUGUUUUGUACUAAAACUUGGAUUUUGAAAAGGUUUACCAAGUUGAGAUGACAGGAAUUCCAAAACAGGUUGUGUCUUAUUUCAAAAGUGUAAUAUUCCAAAAGUUGUACUGCUCAUUCCACAUUUUGUGUGUGUAUAGUUGUAUAAUAUUUUGUAAAUAAUAAAUCUCAAACUAAAAUGUGAAAA